AUGUAUCCGAAAAUCCCGACGAACAUCCCUUCAAUAUUCUUCCCCAUGCUGUUCGAUGCUACAAUAGCACUAGAAAUAAAACUACCAUACGAGCUCGUGUUUGGCCACACCUCUGGUCGUCCGCCCGAACACGUAUAUUUAUGCCGGCAGUACACGCUCGCCGAGGCUAUCCGAGAUGAGACGAGCGCGAGAGUGUACUUACUAUUCCCGCCUCGCCCUAGACCCUCUCGCCUCGCCCUCGGAGCGCUCGGUGUAGAAGCGGUCUCCCAGUGCGAGUCAAAGGAACCGAGAGCGUAA